AUGAAUUUCGAAAUUCCACAAGACCUCCAGCGUUACCUGGACCGCCUCGACGACUUCAUCGAGCGCGAGAUCAAGCCACUCCAAGAGCAGGACGACAACCAGCGUUUCUUUGAUCACCGCAGAGAACAUGCGCGGACAGACUGGGACAAGGGAGGAUUGCCGAGAGAGGAGUGGGAAGAUUUGCUUCGUGAAGCAACUAGAAGAGCAGGCAAGGCAGGUUUCUACCGCUUCUCCUUGCCCAAAGAGUAUGGCGGCCAGAAUGAGCAGAGCGGACGGGGAUCGAACUUGUGGAUGGCCGUGAUACGGGAGCAUCUCGCCAGCAAAGGUCUUGGUCUCUUCAAUGACCUGCAGAACGAGCACUCCGUCUGUGGCAACUUCCCAGACAUCAUCAUGGUUCAGCACUUCGGAAACGAACAACAGAAAAAGGAGCUCAUCCACGGCAGGUUGAAUGGCAAGGUUCGGAUCACCUUCGGACUGACGGAGCCAUGGCAUGGCAGCGAUGCAACCUUCAUGUCGACCAAGGCUAAGAGGCAGUCCGAUGGCAGCUACGUUAUCAAUGGCGGGAAGAUGUGGCAGACUGGCAUGCACAAAGCAACCAAUUGCUUCAUAUUCGCUCGUACUUCUGGCAAGGACGGCGACGCAAAGGGCGUGACAUGCUUCAAUGUCCCAAGCAACGCCCCUGGCUUGAAGGUUGAAUCGUACGAAUGGACGCUCAACAUGCCGACUGACCAUGCCACUGUCUCACUGACCGACGUCCGUGUACCUGAAUCGGCCAUCAUUGGGCCUCUGGAUGGUGGUCUUGCCAUUGCACAGGCCUUUGUACACGAGAACCGGAUCCGCCAGGCCGCUUCCUCUCUGGGCGCUGCCGUGUACUGUGUGAACCAAAGCGUAGAGUACGCUCGCAAACGCCAGCCAUUCGGCAAGCCUCUCGCUACCAAUCAAGCCAUUCAAUUUCCUCUUGUGGAGCUCGCCACCCAAUGCGAGAUGUUGAGGCAACUUAUUCGCAAGACCGCCGUGGACAUGGAUACUAUGCCUCAUAGGGAGGUUGAGCAGAAAGUGAGCGACAAGGUGAGCAUGUGCAACUACUGGGCGAACAGACUUUGCACCCAGGCAGCAGACCGGGCGAUCCAGACCUUCGGCGGAUGGGGCUACAGCCGCCACUACCCCUUCGAGCAUAUCUGGAGGCACCAUCGACGUUACAGAAUCACCGAGGGCAGCGAGGAGAUACAAAUGCGCAAGGUCGCAGGGUAUCUCUUUGGUUUUACUGGGCCGAAAAAAGAACUGACGCCCGCGAAGCUGUAA